UUAGCUGAGUAACGGGUAUCUGAUAGUCGAGGUACUCGACUAUAGCGUUCUUCCUUGUUUUAUAUUAUUUUUUAUGACAACAAGAAUUUUCUCCAAAAAGGGGCGUUGCCACGCCUUUUUCUGUUAAUUUGCUAAUUAUAAGCCCAAAUAUAGGAACCGAACUCAAAUAUUUGGUUUUGCUUGAAGUUUUUAAUUUUGGCCACAAAAAGUGUUCAGCCAGCCUAUAGUGCGAUGAUGCGCACUCCAUUCCCCUGCAAUUAUAAAAUUUGGUCGAAGAUCACUUAGAAGCUCUUCGUAGUGGUUAGCUGUGAGCUGAGAAUUUUGGGGACAAUAUAUAGACGCAAUGACUACUUUCCCUUGGUCAGUUUUGACGUUGACCGCAACACACUGAGCCGUUUGGUGUUCCACACAUAAGAAUUGGUAGUAUUCAAGGCACGUCAUUUUGGUCAAUUAACUGAUAAAAAAUCAACGAGUUGUCUUUAUAUUAUGGAUUAGCUAUUCGUCGUCAUCCUGAUUCUGCUGAAGAUAUGAAACGCGAGAUAUGGGCAACUUAUUUCCAUAAAAGUUCAACUGAUAAGAAUCCCGCGCACAUGAAUUGUCCACCUGGACCAGACAGUUGGUGCAAGUGGCAGAAAGCAGCGGCUGAAGAUACUCUGGAUGACUUUUCCCACGAGGAUCCACCUCUAACUGAUAAGGUUUUAGAAGUUUUGAAGCCUAUUUAUGAAAGCUUGUCGGAUGAUUCUUUAUUAGACCGUUGUUUGGGUUGUGAAACUUAAGAUAACAACGAGUCGCUCAAUUCUUUGAUACGGACGUUUGCACCCAAACAUAUUCAUGCUGGAUUCCAGACAAUUGAAAUUGCAAAUUAUUUAGCAGUCUGUAUUUUUAAUGAAGGUUUUUAUCGUAUUCUUAAUAUUAUGAAACUUAUGGGAAUUAAAAUCGGCCUAGAAUCUCAUGGGUUUGCUGUCAGGCGCAACGCUGUAAGGAUCCAACGGUCUGAGGUCCGAGCUUCAGAUGCUUCAAAAGAAGGAAGAACUGCUCGUUAUCAUAAAAGAACUGCUAAAAUUAAUGGAUAUGAAGUAGAAGAAGGCCCAAUGUAUGAAGCUGGGAUGGCUGAUUAAGAGAAUAUGACCACAAGGGUAGAAAUCAUGGCGACGAGGACACGGCCUUUUUUUCCCCUCAUAACUCGAUGAAAAAAAAAUUUUUUUUUUUUAAUUUUAUUUUAUGUACUUUUCUAAGUUAAAUAAAUAAAUGAUAAAAAACUCGACCGUAAAAAUAUCAUUUGUUUAGUUUUAACAAAUUGUUAAAAAAGGCUCGAAACUAGAGCCUCUAGACUAGAAUACCCCCUUAACUGAUAAAAAAAUCAACGAGUUGUCUUUAUAUUAUGGAUUAGCUAUUUGUCGUCAUCCUGACUCUGCUGAAGAUAUGAAACGCGAGAUAUGGGCAACUUAUUUCCAUAAAAGUUCAACUGAUAAGAAUCCCGCGCACAUGAAUUGUCCACCUGGACCAGACAGUUGGUGCAAGUGGCAGAAAGCAGCGGCUGAAGAUACUCUGGAUGACUUUUCCCACGAGGAUCCACCUCUAACUGAUAAGGUUUUAGAAGUUUUGAAGCCUAUUUAUGAAAGCUUGUCGGAUCGUUCUUUAUUAGAUCGUUGUUUGGGUUGUGAAACUCAAAAUAACAACGAGUCGCUCAAUUCUUUGAUAUGGACGUUUGCACCCAAACAUAUUCAUGCUGGAUUCCAGACAAUUGAAAUUGCCAAUUAUUUAGCAGUCUGUAUUUUUAAUGAAGGUUCUUAUCCCAUUCUAAGUAUUAUGAAACUUAUGGGAAUUAAAAUCGGCCUAGAAUCUCAUGGGUUUGCUGUCAGGCGCAACGCUGUAAGGAUCCAACGGUCUGAGGUCCGAGCUUCAGAUGCUUCAAAAGAAGGAAGAACUGCUCGUUAUCAUAAAAGAACUGCUAAAAUUAAUCGAUAUGAAGUAGAAGAAGGCCCAAUGUAUGAAGCUGGGAUGGCUGAUCAAGAGAAUUAUGUCUGCCAGAAUCUAAAGUGCGUCGAGUCCAGUUUGAUUUGGAAGAAACCCCAUCGGUCUUUAAUUCCACUGAACGUCAAAUGGCAGAGUUAAAAAAAGAGGUUCUCCAAAUCCGCAGGAAGAUCUCUGUAGUAACGCAGAAGCUCGACAUUUUGGCGGACAAACUGGCGGAAACCACCGCCAUUUUAAAGGUAUCCUUCGCUUCAGACAAGGAGAAGACAUGAUAAAUAACUGCAAUUUGGACGGGUCCAACGGGAAGAAGUCCCUCCGAUCGAGCGUUGGCCAAGGACUCCGAAGACCCGGACAAAUGUUUACGAAAAGCUAUGACAAUUGUAAAAAAUAAGCUCACAAAACAAAAAAACAGAAAUAAUAAUAGUCAAAUUUGUGAAAAUUUAAAUA